GGGAGGACGCGCAGCCUUAUGGCAACAUAGCCGCUGUGAAGGAGUGACGCUCAAGAAAGCAGCUUAACUUGUGAACGUACUGCGUUCUUGCUAAGGUUGAUUGACCACGUAAAUAUGAAGCUCUUCGUUACCAUUGUUCUCUUCGCCCUUGUGGCAUGCAUGGCUUUCGCCGAAGAUGCCGCCAAGAAGGACGAAAAGAAAGAAGAUAAGAAGGACGUUGAAGGACGCGGUGGUGUGCUGGGAGGCCUGGGUGGCUACGGCGCCGGAGUCGGUCCCGGUCUUGUAGGUGCCGGAAUUGGAGGCCCUGGACUUGUCGGUGGUGGAGUCGUUGGCAACCCCGCUUUGGUCGGAGCCGGCCUUGGACAAGGAGUCGGCCUCGGUCAUGGGGUUGGCCUCGGUCAUGGAGUCGGCCUCGGUCAUGGAGUGGGUGGCGGUUACCAGUCGGGAUACGGCGCCACUGCUGGAGGACACCAGGCUGGCUUCCAAAAGGGCGCCGCGGGACACAAUCAGGGAUCCGGCGCCUUCGCUGGCGGCUCUGCCCAUAGGAACGUGAACGCCUACAACAACAACCAGGGCUACAGCCACAGCUCGGGCUUCUCCUCCAGCGACAGCAAGAAAUUCGGCUCUGGCCACCAGCAGGGUUCGUCUGGUUUCCAAGGAGGCGCCGCCGGACACCAGGCAGGAUUUGGGCAAUCCUCUUUCGGAAAAGCUGCGGGAGUAGGACACGCGGGCGUUGGCCUCCACGGCUAAAGGGCGUUUGGACGGAGUUCAUGCAGUAGUGGAAGUGAUGUCACCAAGGAGAAAACAUCGGACAUAGUCGCUUCAUCUGAUUAUGUAGGCAUUUGAUAUGUCCAAAAACAUUUUGUGCCUGUUUGAGUAGCAAUAUUUUUGUCAGUACAGCGUUGGUUCUUCAUCACAAAGGUGGUGGCUCUACCACCAAUUAGUCAAUAAAUUUUUUACGCUGAAA